AUGAUUCUUGCGCCAAAAGUACACGCCGAUCAGAGCGACCUCCUCAGAAAACUGGACGAUUUCAUCAGACUUGUCACAGCGCGCAACACGGCAAUCGUCGAAUUCAAUUUAUAUGUCGGCAUGAUCAAAGACAGGCAAUUGGCUCUCCAGCAAAAUGCAAAAGAGGGAAGUCAGAUCACCGCAAACAAGCUAACUUACAACGAUAGUGAAAUCGAGAGCAUGACUGCUUGGAUGCAGUCGUCCUACCAGCAGGCAAGAAUGGCUUAUAUGAAGAUACUAGCGCGGAUGCAACUCGCCAUCAAGUAUCGCUGGUUGAUCUACGACGACCUGUUGCUUGUCCCCUCGGACGCUAUGGACCUUGUUACCAAGACCACAAAUCGGAAGUAUGAUGCACCACAAGCAAUGAUUUCCUACACUCUUAGAACGCUUCGAAUGAAUGUGGAAGCAAAUUUCGGACCGGCACUCGAGAUCUGGGGGGGGGAAUACCAGACAAGAUGCAUGGCCCAAAUUCGAGAGGAUGCGACUGUUGCAGGGGUUCCAGUCAUUCCGGCGUCUCCAACGAAUGGAACGAGCAGUGGUGAUUCGUCUGCGCCCACGACUCUACCCACAGCACCAGCCGAACCUAAACCCAUUCCAUCAACUGAUCCUAUAGUUGCAGUUACCUUUCAGAUACCUGUCCCGGAUAAGAACAACUCGGAGUCGAAUCCGUUCAACAAGACAUGUAACGUCCGAAUCCACCGAACAAAAGUCAUCUUCAAUGAUCUUGGCCUCGCCGAUGAUGUCGAUGAAGCAUUGUUCACCGUCAGACUAGUCCAGUCAACUCCAGAUGAGAAGCCAGAGAUUGUCCAAGAUCGCUAUGGCGUAAGCCACAGAUUUUACCAUGAGACGAUCGAGAGAGUAUACAAGUUCCGUGUUAAUCGUGUCAAGGACCCACAUGGCAAGGAGGAUGACACGUUCAAGUGCACGGAUGUUGUUGGUGGUGAUGUAGAAGUCGAGCUUACAAAGGAUGAGGCUCAGACUCUGGACUGGGUCAAUCCCGGGCCUUUCACGACGUGGAAACUGGACCUGUCAGGCACAAACUUAAAGGAGUUUGACUUCAUAGACGACAGCGACAUUCUUCUAGAGUUCACUGGCACCUCAUAUGCCACUAAAGAUGCCGUUAAAGGGAAGAGUAAGCCGGUUUGA